UAGGUUAUUCUAGUUAUAAGUUUUCCUCUUAGUUUGCAGUAUAAUUAAUCAAAAAAUGUUUUGAAAACUUAGAUUUAAAGUUAACUUACUAAAAGAAAACAUGGAUAUAACUAAUUUAUGCCGUAGUUGUAUGAAAGAAGUGGCUUCAUGGGAAAAAGAGAAUUUUGACGUCCGCGCUGUGGAAAUGUUUUGUUUUUGUACGAAUAUUAAGAUAUUGGAAGACGUAAAGCUACCAAAACAAUUCUGCUAUGACUGUACAAUCAAAAUAGAAUCCUGCUACACAUUUAUAAAAGAAGCCCAAAAUGUUAAUAUUACUUUGAAAAACAUAGCUUCAAGGAGUGAAACAAGCAUUAUUAUUGAACCUGAAUCGGUAAAGAAUUGUUUAAUUGAACCCAAUAGACUAAGAUUGACUCUACCCGAUUAUAAAGUUUCCGUAGGUGUCAGUAAUUUCAUUGAGCAAGACAUUUUUGACGAUAUAGACUAUACACAUCAUGAUAAUGCAGUUUCUAUAGCACCAAUAAAAACAUUUGAAUUAACAGAAAACACAGAAAAAAACUAUAGUACAUCCAUAAGAAACAACACUGUUAAAGUUGAUGCAUCAAUAAAAGAUGGAACUGUAAAAGUUGAUGCACCAAAAAAUGAUUGUACUACAAGAGUUGAUGUGUCCAAAGGAGAGGCAAUAGAGAGAGAGAAAAAUAAUGAUGAGUCAACUAGAGAUGUUGCUAUAAAAGGAGACGAGACAAAAAAGACAAUAUGCCCGGUAUGCAGGAAACAGUUUACAUCUAAGAAAUGGUAUUCGAAGCAUAUGGAGAAGGAGCAUUCUGGACACAAAUACAAUUGUGAAAACUGCCCCAAAUCAUUCUCCAAGGCGUUCCAACUGGCAUACCACGCCGCGUCGCACUCCGAGGAGCGUCAGUUCGCGUGCAGCGCUUGCGGGAAGAGCUUCAAGCGCCGCAAGCAGCUAGCCGCGCACCGCAAGGCGCACUCGGACGCGCGCCCGUUCGCCUGCGACCAGUGCGGCAUGAGAUUCAAGCUGAAAAGCGUGCUCAAAUGCCACAUGAAGGUGCACGCGGAUGUCAAGCAGUACCUAUGCUCCUAUUGCGGUUGGGGGUUUAGCCAUGCGUACAACCUGGAGGUGCACGUGCGCACGCACACGGGGGCGAAACCGCACGCGUGCGCGCAGUGCGGUUUCCGCGCGGCCGCCGCGUCGUCGCUGCGGCGCCACGUGCGGCGCCACGCGGGCACGCGGCUCCACGCCUGCAACCACUGCCGGAAGGCCUUCCACGACAAGAGCGGCCUGGCGCGGCACUCGCGCACGCACACGGGCGAGUUGCCGUACCAGUGCCCCGGCUGCGCGCGCGCAUUCGCCGACAGCUGGAAACGCAAGACGCACCUCAUGCGCGCGCACCGCCUCGCGCUGCAGGACAUCCCGCGCAUGCGCCGCGACGGGCAGGCGCUCGCCUGAGCCACUACACUUCAACUCACUUGAAACGAGAGGAACUUAUGACCAGCUCGUUACUGUUUCACUGUCAAGCUUCAUAGCAAGUUGUGACGCUUAUCUGCUCCUAGUAAUUAUUGUCAGCCAACGCAAAUGUCUUGGCGUACAAUGCCCCGCGUUAGAUCACUCAUUCCUCGUACUCUAUCGGCGCUAAAUGCACUGUGACAUUGGAAUCUCUCCCAGUACUGUGAGAAAUGUAAUUGCACUAUGUUUUCAACUUGACUUGAUUGUGUAAGAACAUAACUUAAUUACUAAUAGGUAUUACUAUUACUAUUGUUACUUUA